AUGGCCGCGGCCUCCUCCCCGCCCAGGCCCGACAAGAAGCGCUGGGGCUGCGGCCGCCUGCCGGGCUCCCGGCGGGGCAGCGCGGGCCUGGCCAAGAAGUGUCCCUUCUCGCUGGAGCUGGCGGAGGGCGGCCCGGCGGGCGGAGCGCUCUACGCACCCAUCGCGCCGCCCGGCGCCCCGGGGUCCGCGCCGCCCCCGUCCCCCGCCGCGCCCCCGAGCGCCGCCGACCUUGCUGCGCGGCCGCCCGUGAGCCUGGACCCGCGCGUCUCCAUCUACAGCGCGCGCCGCCCGCUCCUCGCGCGCACCCACAUCCAGGGCCGCGUCUACAACUUCCUCGAGCGUCCCACCGGCUGGAAGUGCUUCGUCUACCACUUCGCAGUCUUCCUCAUCGUCCUGGUCUGCCUCAUCUUCAGUGUCCUGUCCACCAUCGAGCAGUAUGUCGCCCUGGCCACAGGGACCCUCUUCUGGAUGGAGAUUGUCCUGGUGGUGUUCUUUGGGACGGAGUAUGUGGUCCGCCUCUGGUCAGCAGGCUGCCGCAGCAAGUAUGUAGGCAUCUGGGGGAGGCUGCGCUUUGCCCGGAAGCCCAUCUCCAUCAUUGACCUCAUCGUGGUCCUGGCCUCCAUGGUUGUCCUCUGCGUGGGCUCCAAGGGGCAGGUGUUUGCCACCUCGGCCAUCAGGGGCAUCCGCUUCCUCCAGAUCCUGAGGAUGCUGCAUGUGGAUCGCCAGGGAGGUACCUGGAGGCUGCUUGGCUCUGUGGUCUUCAUCCACCGCCAGGAGCUCAUCACCACCUUGUACAUCGGCUUCCUGGGCCUCAUCUUCUCCUCGUACUUCGUGUACCUGGCCGAGAAGGACGCCGUGAACGACUCGGGCCAAGUGGAGUUUGGCAGCUAUGCAGAUGCCCUGUGGUGGGGAGUGGUCACGGUCACCACCAUCGGCUACGGGGACAAGGUGCCCCAGACGUGGGUUGGGAAGACCAUCGCCUCCUGCUUCUCUGUGUUUGCCAUCUCCUUCUUUGCGCUCCCAGCGGGGAUUCUCGGCUCUGGCUUCGCCCUAAAGGUCCAGCAGAAGCAGAGACAGAAGCACUUCAAUAGGCAGAUCCCGGCGGCAGCCUCGCUCAUUCAGACGGCGUGGAGGUGCUACGCGGCCGAGAACCCCGACUCUUCCACCUGGAAGAUCUACGUCCGGAAGCCCGCCCGGAGCCAUGCCCUGCUCUCUCCCAGCCCCAAGCCCAAGAAGUCUGUCAUGGUAAAGAGAAAGAAGUUCAAACAAGACAAGGACAACGGGGUGAGCCCCGGAGAGAAGAUGCUCACGGUCCCCCACAUCACGUGCGAACCCGUCUCGGAGGAGCGGAGGCCAGACCACUUCUCCGUGGACAACUGUGACAGCUCUGUGAAGAAGAGCCCCAUGCUGCUGGAGGUGAGCACAGCCCACUUCAUGAGAACCAACAGCUUCGCCGAGGACCUGGACCUCGAGGGGGAGACGCUAUUGGCGCCCAUCACCCAUGUGUCACAGCUGCGGGAGCACCACCGGGCCACCAUCAAGGUCAUUCGGCGCAUGCAGUACUUUGUAGCCAAGAAGAAAUUCCAGCAAGCGCGGAAGCCCUACGAUGUGCGGGACGUCAUUGAGCAGUACUCCCAGGGCCACCUCAACCUCAUGGUGCGCAUCAAAGAGCUGCAGAGAAGGCUGGACCAGUCCAUCGGGAAGCCCUCCCUCUUCAUCUCCGUCUCAGAGAAGAGCAAGGACCGUGGGAGCAACACGAUUGGGGCACGCCUGAACCGAGUAGAAGACAAGAUACCCGAUGCCGCUACCAGAGCCUUCUGGAGUGGGGACAGAGUAUCCUGUGGCAGCAGCCAACCGCAAGAAAGACAGGGCACCCAAGACACCCUGGCCUGCCAGGACAGACACACGGUGACACAGCUGGACCAGAGGCUGGUGCUCAUCACGGACAUGCUUCACCAGCUCCUCUCCUUGUACCAUGGUGGCCCCCCAGGUGGCCGCCCCCCCAGCGGGAGCGGGGUCCAGGUGGUUCAGCCCUGCAGCUCCAUCAACCCCGAGCUCUUCCUGCCCAGCAACACCCUGCCCACCUACGAACAGCUAACUGUGCCCCGCAGGGGUCCCGAAGAGGGGUCCUGAUGGGGGCUUGGGGCCCCAGGCCUGCAAGGGAAAGUGCAGAGAUGCCCUGUUCAGCCUGGCCCACCUCCCACCCAGCAGGGGCACCCCACCCCCCAGGUCACUGGCACCUUCCUCAAAGGCUCAAGAGACAAGCCCCUCCUUCCCAGGCCCCACAGCCCCCCAGGGGCCAGGCCACCCUGAGAGCCCCAGCAAGUGGGUACUAGAACUUGACUGGGUCUGGGGGCCCCUCUCUGCUCUGAGACCUUGGCCCCCCACCUCAUUUGUAUGGCAGUUGGGACACAGUGGCAGGGCUCAGUCUCAACCACCCCUCCCCAGGGGGGCUGGCAUCCUAGGCACUUGUUCCAUCCCAUGUAUGGCCAAGAAACAGCACAGGUGCAUGAAGGCCCACCUGGGUGGCCCAGGGGCUUCCUGAGUGGAGACAGAGGGACAGUCUGGACAGGGUCUAUGGGUACCCCACCCCCAGGCUCAGACCCAGGACCCAGGGAGGAGGCAGGCAGGGCAGGGCAGGCCCAGCCCAUGCCAAAUCCAGGAUGACCAUGAUCAAGGCCUAGAAGCCUCACUCGGAGGGCCCCGGGCCUGGGCCGUGCUCUCCACUUGGCCGUGCUCUCCACUCUGCAGAGACGCCGGCUCAGGGGGCCAGGACUGUGGGGGAGGGGACCCUGAGGCCACCGCUGUCCCCGAGGUGUCCACUGGGGGUGGAACGUCCCCCACUUUGGACUGGCAGCUUCUCCUGCCCACUGCCCCCUGCACGGCCCCCACCUCCACUCCACACCAGGUCUGAGCCGCUGGGAAGAAUGGCCCCGGGCGGCUGCUGAGCGAAGGGGGCGCGUGGGUGUCACGAUCCCCGCACAAGACAGGGGCUCCUCCUGGGCGUCAUGUCUCACAGAAAUCAGAAUAAUUUGUGGUGAUUUGGAAUCUGUGUUUUAAUGAGUUUCACGGUGUGAUUUUGAUUUUUAAUUGUGGCGCUUUUCCUAAUAAACGUGGAGUCACGGA